AUGAGGAAAAAUCGUCGGGGGACGAGUGUAGCCAAGGCGUUUGGUAUUGUUCACAGUAUUGUUUCACGUGCAUGGGGAGCGUUCCGAACCGCAGGCACUGUUGCCCGAAGGAGAGGAGGUGGUCGACUACGAUCAACUGCAGCAGACGUCCGCCACGUUGUGCAAGACGCAAGAAGGGACCCAGCGAACUGGCCAUCGGACAAACAGACCACCCAAAACAGUCGUCGUGCAACCGUGGAGAGUGAAAUUUCGUGCAAUCCUGUUAAAGGCAUCAUCCCACAAAUCUGA